CGCCCGGGCGUGUCGGGCGCUCAUUUCUCCCUGGGCCGGCCCUCGGCCCCUUCCCGCCCGGGACCCGGGAUGUCCCCGCCUAGAGCGGAGACGCGGAGGACCCGCGAGGAGGUGGAUGCCACGCUGCAGACCGCCAAGCUGGACGCGGCCGAGUUGCUGCCCACCGCGCACUGCCUGCGCUUCGGCCCCCGGGCCAGCGGCGCGGCCGCCGGAGAUUUCUGCCUGCUGGAGCUGGAGCCCGCGCUGUGCCAGGAGCUGGAGGCCGGGCACAGUCUUGUGAUUCGUGGCGAUAAAGAUGAGCAAGCUGUGUUGUGCAGUAGAGACAAAACCUAUGACUUGAAAAUAGCAGACACUUCCAAUAUGUUGCUUUUCAUCCCUGGUUGUAAAACUCCAGACCAGUUGAAGAAGGAAGAACCAGAGCGCAGCAUUGUGCACACUGAGAUCUUUGGUUUUUCUAAUAAUUAUUGGGAAUUAAGAAGAUGCAGACCUAAAUUAAAGAAGCUAAAGAAACUCCUGAUGGAAAAUACCUAUGAAGGACCUGACAGUGAAAAAGAAGAUGAUUUGAGUCGCUCAAAAUAUACAACUGAUGAUUUACUCAAUCAAAUUCAAGCAAGUGAAGAAGAAAUAAUGACUCAGUUGCAAGUUCUAAAUGCCUGUGAGAUUGGAGGUUAUUGGAGGAUUCUUGAAUUUGAUUAUGAGAUGAAACUUCUUAGUCAUGUGACUCAGCUUGUGGAUUCAGAAUCUUGGUCUUUUAGUAAAGUUCCUUUGAACAUCUGCCUUCAGGAACUUGGACCAUUGGAGCCAGAGGACAUGAUACAGCACUGUCUUCAAUGUUAUGGGAAGAAAUAUAUGGAGGAAGGUGAAGUUUAUUUUGAGUUAAACGCUGACAAAAUAUGCAGAGCCACAGCACAAAUGUUACUUCAGAAUGCAGUGAAAUUUAAUCUUGCCGAGUUUCAAGACGUGUGGCAACAGAGUGUUCCUGAAGGAAUGGUGACUAGCCUUGACCAGCUCAAGGGUUUAGCACUGGUGGAUAGACACUCGCGGCCAGAAAUCAUAUUUUUGCUGAAAGUAGAUGAUUUACCUGAGGGAAAUCAGGAACGUUUUAAUAGUCUAUUCUCGCUAAGGGAGAAAUGGACAGAAGAAGAUAUUGUUCCAUAUAUCCAAGAUUUGUGUGGAGAGAAGCAAACCACAGGCGCGUUACUUACUAAAUAUGCUCGUUCUUCUAUGCAAAACGGAGUUAAAGUAUAUAAUUCCAGACGGCCCAUUUCUUGAAAGAUCAGUGUUCUUUUCUUUGGAACUAAGUUGUUUUAUAAAGUUACUGGAUAUAAGAAAAA